CAGACAAUAAUCCGCUAUUAUUACAUUUAUUUUAACACUAUUGAUAGGUUGUGAUUUGCAGUUAUGCAUUUAAUUGGAAUUAAAAUUGAACUACUUUUGUUGGAUAUCGUAAUAUCAAAUGAUAACAUUCGAUCUUCCAUUUGAAUUACAAUAAUAUUUAGAAGGCCAGUUUAGCAAUUAAUGUUAGAAAAAAAUAUAUAGAUAUGUUAAAUUGCUAAACGAAUAUCAUUAAAUUUGUAUUUGGCAUAAUUAAUCGGAAAUUAAUUUUUCCAGUGGAUUUUCUUUAUAUAUUCAAUGAUAGUUUGAGUCGCAAUUCAUUUUUUAUGAAAAGGGAUUACAUGAUAUACAACAGAUGUAUCUUCAAUAGAAUCUAGAACCGUCUGACUAUGCCGCAAGUUCAAAGCAAAGCGUACACCUAUGACACGGCGUCUGCGUUCGGGAAGAAUUCCCGCUUUAUGGCGUCACUGAGAUUUACAGACAGAAGCCUUCGCCGAGUAAACGUACUGAAUUCCCUCGAGACCAGCUUCACCAAAAAGAAGUUAGACUUUCUUGAGAGAGAUUCAAAUGUUCAACGACUCAAGUAUGAACGCAUAAAGAACAGGCUGGUUGAUAACCUUCAAAAAAGACUGGCAUAUAAAAUGGUGCUUAAAAAUCACAGUAUCAGCGAGGCCAAAGAUUAUAGUAAAGCGUUAGAUAAAAAGUAUACUUACACCGCUUUUAAGGGUGAAGUGAAAAAUAUGUUGAUACAUAUGAGACCUGAGCGAAUUCGGGAAAGAAAAGCACGUUCUCUCAUACAUGAAAAUCAAAACGCGUAUGACAAUAUAAUUUUUCAGAAUUCUCAAAAAUUUAACAAGUUGUUUCCAGAGAAAAAGACAUGGUUGUCAAGAAGAGCAAGGUUGUUGCUGGAAGAACAGUCAAAACAGCAGGAGGCCGUGAAAGAGACUACUCCUUUGCCAACACGAGAACGCAACGCAAGAAAAAGUCUUGCCACGUUAAGAAGGAGAGUCAUAACAUUAGAUGAUUCAAAGCCUAAUUCGCCUCUGAAAUUGCCAAAAACUCCUGCAUUAAGUCCAACUAAAACUCCUACAUUAAGUAAACCGCCAUCUUCACAUUCAAGAAUGACCAAUAAACGACAAGAGAUUUCUAUGUCAAUGAUGAAAAAGCAGAAAUCGUUCAUUGACAACAAAGAAAUGACAAAUGAGGAUUUAAUCAUCAGAAUGGAAUCUAGAAUGAAGAGUUUACAAGUUGACGAUACGGAAGAGAGUUCGGAAACUAAAGAUGAAAAUAACAAUGAUAUUAAAACUUAUAAAGAGUCUGAAACGGUUGUUACCUUUAAAACUAUGGAUAAUAUAACCGCAAAUAACACACAAAAGGCAGACGACAAAACCGAAUCGUUUUUGCCGCCAAUUGUUAAACAUCCGCAGCCACAGCAAAAGGCGAAUCAGUCAAACUUGAAGAAUAAGACCCCAAGGGACGCGAAGUUACCCGUGCUGAAAAUGUCCAAGACAGUUAAGGCACAGUGAAGUGGUAUUAUCGUUUACAAAGCUUUAAUAUAUCGAUAAAUCUAGUCGUGCGAUUACCGGUAUUACUUGAAAUAAUCGUUCAAUACCGAUACUCGGACUAAAACCGGUGCCGAUAGCAAGAAACGAUAUAUUCAUUGCAUUUAUAAGUGCAAUUUAUAUUUUCAUCUUAAUUUUUAAUGUGUAUUACAAUUUAUUCUAUUUUGAACAUACCUCUAUCAUUUCUAUCACUAUUGAUACUUUAAUGAAAAUUC